AUGAGCCACAGUAUUAAGCAAAUUCAUUCUUCAGCUGGAAGUUGUCAUGCUGUCAGUCAUUCUCCUAAGAUUUCCAGCCAUGUCUCUUCAGUGCAUAUUGGAAGCUUUCCCAAGAUCCAUCAUGCAAGUUCUCAUAAAGUCUACCAAGGAGGAUCCCAUAUCCCCCAUCAUGGAGAGUCUAAAAAAGGUCACCAUGGAUACUCCAACAUUUCUCUUCAUGUAGGAUCUCAUGCUUCUCAUCAUGGGGGUCGCUUUAGAGCUCCCAGUGUUCAUGGUGGAUCAGGAGGAAAGGGUAUCUCUAUCUCCAAGCAUUCAUCUUUCACUCAUGGAUGUGGCUAUGGAAGUGCACAUAGUGGCUAUGCGAUUGGAAGUCAUUUUAGUGGCCAAAGUGGAUGGAAGAAUGAUGGUCUGUUGAGUGUCAAUGAGAAGGAAACCAUGCAGCAUCUGAAUGACCGACUGGCAACUUACCUAGAAAAGGUGCGUUCACUGGAGCAGGAAAACACUCAGCUGGAGAGGAAUAUCCGAGAGUGGUACGACAGAAACCAGCCAGCAUUUGCCGAUUUUAGCAACUUCUUCAGGACUAUUCAAGAGCUCCAGGGACAGAUAUCUGCAGCUAGUACAGAAAACGCCAGACUUGUCCUCCAGAUAGACAAUUCCCGACUGGCAAUUGAUGACUUUAAAAACAAGUAUAAUCACAGGUUGAGAAACAGUAUUGAGGCUGAUGUUACCAGUCUGCGCAGAGUCCUAGAAAGUCUGAACAUAGAAAGACGUGAUCUAGAAGUCCAAGUGCAAAAUCUCCAAGAAGAGCUACAGCAGAUGAGGAAAAACCAUGAAGAGGAGGUCAGCUGUCUUCGUGCUCAGCUGGGUGCCAGGGUCAGUGUGGAGGUCGAUGCUGCCCCAUCUGUUGAUCUCAACAGAGCUUUAUCUGAAAUCAGAGAACAGUAUGAGAACUCGAUGGAGAGAAACAUGAGGGAUGUUGAGAACAUGUUCAUGCAAAGGAGUGAUGAGCUGAACCGUCAGGUACUUUCUGGCUCUGAGCAGCUACAGACAGUCCAAACUGAAAUCAUUGAGUUAAGACGCACUGUCCAGACCCUGGAGAUCGAGUUACAAAGCCAACUAAGCAUGAAAUCAGCUCUGGAAAACACCUUGGCCGAGACAGAGGCCUCUUUUGGCUCCCAGCUUGCACAAUUACAAGACAUGAUCAAUGGCGUUGAAGCACAGUUGUCUCAGAUCCGAUCUGAUCUAGAAAGACAGAACAAUGAGUACAGAAUGCUCAUGGACCAGAAGACCCAUUUGGAGAUGGAGAUCUCCACCUACAAAUGCCUACUGGAUGGGCAUGAUACCCAGCCACCAUUUCUCCAGUAG